AUGAGGUUCGAGGCAUCGGCGUCACGAGAUCGUGACAGCGCUUCCUCUGCCUCAGGCAAUGACUCGCUAAACGGUACCACCGUGGGGGUUGGUGGCGGAGCUGGCGCGUUCACGCCUGCAGCAGCAAGUACUGCGUCGAGUGCGACACAGCCGUGGUGGCGGCGAGCCGCCGCCGGUCUGGUGCAGUUUCUGAAAGAUCCUGAUUUGCGUCCCCUGUUUGAGCGGCAACGGUCGACGGAACCGCGUGUGGUACGUCUCAAUAACCCGACGUUCAACGCGAAGCAGCGCUUCAUGAGCAACUACAUAUCAACAACGCAGUACGAGCUGUGGACGUUUGUUCCAGUCUUUCUGGUGCGCCAGCUAUUGCGGCCGGCCAACUUCUAUUUCCUUAUAGUCGGUAUCCUGUACCUCAUUUCCUCGAUAACACCGGUGUUUACUGCUGGCCGGUACGCUACACUGGCGGCUCUGGCUUUUCUGAUUUUUAUCACUGCCGUAAAGGAGCUCGCCGAGGACCUGAAGCGAUAUCGAGAGGAUCGUCGUGUUAACGCGACGCUUGUUGAAGUUCUGAACAGUGGAAAUGCUGCAUCUGACGCGGAAAGUCACGUCAAAGCUUGGCGCGACGUUCAAGUCGGGGAUCUCGUCGUCGUUCGCCGUGACGAGGGCGUGCCUGCUGACCUCAUAGCGCUGUCGUCCAGCACGCCUGAUGGGACAUGCUUCGUGGAGACACGAGCAAUCGAUGGCGAAACGAAUCUCAAAGUCAAGUCAUGUAUUCCGCUGAAUCGCGACCUCUUCACACCAAAGCAGUUGCGGACACUGAUCGGUGAGUUCCACUGCGAGGCUCCGAACCCGCGCUUGUACGAGUUUGAAGGCCGCGCUCGCAUCGAAGUGCCCGACGAAACAGGUCUCCCGACUGGCGAGGUGGUGGAGUGCGCGGUCUCCCGGGACCAUUUGCUGCAGCGGGGUAUUGUGCUGCGCAACACGGACUGGGUGAUCGGCAUUGCCGUUUAUACCGGAAAAGAGACGAAACUCAUGAUGAAUCUGAAAAGGGAAGCGCACAAAGUUGGUCGCAUCGAGAAAACGAUCACGAGAUUCAUUCUCGCUCUCAUUUGCAUCCAGUUUUUCAUUGCGUUAAUUCUGACCAUCUUGAACGGCGUCUGGGCACACCGGCACUUGCAUCCGUCGCAAACCUGGUACUUGGAUGAGCGCUACAGCGUGGGUAACGUCGUACUCCGCUUUUUCACGUUCUUUUUGACGAUUUCGAACUUUGUUCCGAUUUCGCUCUACGUUACCAUGGAAAUCGUUCGAGGUCUGCAGUCGAUUUUCAUUGUCGUUGACGACCAUAUGUACUGCUGGGAGACGCGUACACGAGCCCGGUGCCGGAACUCGACGCUCAACGAUGAGCUUGGCCAGAUCACGCACGUUUUUACCGACAAGACCGGAACGAUGACCCAAAACAUUAUGGAAUUCGCCAAAGCGUACGUUGACGGCGAAGAGAUUACGCAGCGUCGGCGGGAUCAUGAGAACGAUUUGGAGUUUUUCCGAUUGCUUGCGCUUUGCAACACGGUAGCCCCGUCCCGCGACGAUACCACUGGACAAAUCGAGUACCAUGCGCCGAGUCCGGAUGAGCGGGCGCUGGUCAUUGCUGCCCACUACAGUGGCGUCACGCUCUACGACCGCAACGCGCUGAGUAUGAUUCUGCUCGAGGACGAACAGCCGGUGACCUACGCAGUGUUGCACGUGCUCGAAUUCACAUCCGAGCGUAAGCGCAUGUCGAUUGUUGUUCGGAAGCCCGACGGUCGCAUUCGAUUGUACACCAAAGGCGCAGACUCGGUGAUGUGUGCGCGAGCUCGUUCAACGGACACGAAAGCCGAACAGGCUCUGGCCGGUAUUCAGCAGGCAGUGCAUCGUUUUGCGCUCGCUGGUCUGCGGACCUUGGUCGUUGGUUAUCGCGAUCUCGACGAAGACCUGUACGCCGAAUGGGCGAAACGCUAUACGGAGGCGUCAUCUUCGAUGGAAAAUCGUGCGAGCCAAGUUGAGGCGCUGGCGGACGAGAUUGAACGCGACUUGACGUUGCUCGGCGUGAGUGCCAUUAUCGAUUACCUGCAGCGUGAUGUUCCAGACACUCUGCGAUCACUUUAUUUCGCCGGUAUUAAAGUCUGGAUGCUGACCGGCGAUAAACAGGAGACGGCAAUCAACGUGGGUCUUUCAUCGGGCUUGCUCGGCCGCAACAUGGACAUCGUGGUGUUGAGUCCGGGCGAUGCUGCCGAUAUCGACGCACAACUGGACUGUGCGGAAGCGCGUUGGCGGGCGCUCGAAGUCGACGGCGUCAGUGCGAUCGCCAAGGCGCUCGUGGUGGGCGGUGAUGUACUGGAUGUUGCACUGCAGGGGAGCUUGCGGCGAAAACUUGUGCGCGUCAGCGAGUAUGCGCGAUGCGUCAUUGCCUGCCGCAUGACGCCGAAGCAGAAAGCGGAACUUGUGCGUUGCAUGCGAGAGAACAACCCGCAUGCCACGACGCUAGCAAUCGGGGACGGAGCGAACGAUGUCGGCAUGAUCCAGGUCGCGCACGUCGGGGUCGGUAUUGCUGGACGCGAAGGCAUGGAGGCUGCACUCGCUAGCGAUUUUUCGAUUGGGGAGUUUCGCUUCCUGAAGCGUCUUGUGCUGGUGCACGGCCGCUGGUUCUACAAACGCAACAGCAAGCUUGUGGUGUAUAUGAUCUAUAAGAAUGCGGCUCUGGCAUCGUUCGAGAUCUGGUUUGCAACGAAAUCGGCGUUCAGCGGAGCACAGUUCUUCAAUCCCUGGCUUGGCGCCAUGUACAACGUUUUCCUGACAUCCAUACCGGUGAUCGUGUUGGCGACCCUGGAUCAGGAAGUGUCUGCCGCGUACACGCUAUUUUAUCCGGAGAUUUAUCGCAGCGGGCAACGCAAUACCAGCGGACGUUGGCGAGUGUUUGCCUAUUGGUUUUUCACAGCGCUCUGUCAGUCGGUGGUCAUGUUCUACUUGACUUUUUAUGCCCGCGCGGACGGUCCAGGAAACGGCGGGCAAAUGCUGGGCAAGAGCAUUUUCGAAAUGACUUGCUUCACUGAGCUGGUUGUGGUCGUGCAUCUGCAGCUUGCGCUGUAUCAAGCACGCUGGACGUUGUUUUCGUUCUGCUUAUACUUUUUCAGCGCAACCUUGUGGUUCUGGCUAGGACCUGCAUUCUGUGCACGAACCUUUACCGUGGACUUGGACCUAGCAGCAAUGCUAUACUGGAACGCGAUGCGGAUAUUCAGCGAGCCGCUGCUUUGGCUGAUCAUCAUCUUGUGUGUGAUCAUCUGCGAGACACCACCGCUUUUGAUCCAUCACUGGAAUCGAAUGUAUUUCCCGUCACCCAAAGUUAUUGUACAGGAACUGGAGUGGUUCGGCGUCUUGCAUCGCAAACGCACACCGCAUCCGACACAAGCGUAUGAUGUUGAGCCCAAGUUUGUGCAACUCACGCGCCGCGCUGCGAACCAACGCGAAUACGAGGCAGUCCCGAUGACGUAUUCCGGUGAUACGUUCACUCACGAGAGUUUGCCUGGCGGCGGGAUGCCGUGGAACCGGAGCCCGCGCUCCUUGGGCGCUGGUGCUCGGAGCCACGCGCCUUCGAGUGGUCACGUUUCGCGCCUGUCGGACGUGGACUUGACCAUACGAGAGCGCUCUCGUCGGCGUUUCUACUCGACCGACGUGAGUGCGGUCAACCUGCGUACCCAGCGCACAGGACGCGCUCAAUCGCUCAUGGGCGCGCAGUUUGAUAAUCAUCUGGGGCUCAGCGGAAACAACCUGCUGAACGCUGGGGCAAGUUUGGUAGAUGCGCGCACCCAGUCGACGCUGCGUGAAGCACCGCAGCAGCAGCAGCAGCAGCAGCAGCAUCCAUUCUUCGCUGAAAACAUCAUUCGUGAAGAUAAUGACGACGGCGACGACGACGUUGAUGAUGAUGAUGAUGAUGAUGAUGCUGGUGGUGUCCAUGCACCACCCACGACGCUGUGA